AUGCCUCACUCUGCCCUUCUCAACGCCCUCUUGGCGGCGGCGCUGCUCUUCUCCGCCGCCGCGGCUCCGGCGCCGGCUCCGUCACCAGCGCCGUUGCACACUCCCCCGGCCUCCCCUUCCCCUCCCUGGAGAUGGACCCCCAUCACCAAACCUCCUCCGUCCUCAACGCCGUCGCAUGAAUCCAAACCCACUCCACCACCGUCGUCUCCGCCCCCGACACCGUCGCCCACUCCAGUUCUGCCGCCGCACCACCACCAUGCACCAACUGAGCGUCCAGUUUCCCUGCCGCUGCAGAAGAGCCCAUCUCCAUCUCCGUCUCCAUCUCCAUCGUGGAUUGCCGUACCGCCACCGGAAGCACCGGCGCCGUCGAAAGCGAAGAGUGACGCCUUUAAUAAUAGAUUCUCGGUGGUGGCAUCGGUGGCUAUUGAUGCCAUGGCUGCUGCUCUUCUGCUUUAA